AUGGCCAAGCAAAAUAUGUUUCUAACAAAGUAUUGUCGUUUCCAUUUGCUGCUCAUUAUAAGCCUUGCUAUAAUUGAAAGUUGCGCUAGGCAUAAAAAUUUGAAGCUACACUGGGAUUUCUUCGAUUGUAAGGUGAACACAGACAUUGCUGCUUACUGCAAAUGUCAUAUUGUGGCACAUUCCGUGUUGAGUGUCGAAAUCAAAUUGCUCAAAGAACUGGCAUCAAUCCAAAUACAUACUGUGGUGUCCACAAAGCAAAAGCUAAAUGCUCCCUAUCGCACACUGUUUGAAAAUUCAGUUGAAGGCUGUCGAGUCAUAGCGGACGCACAACGCGGCAUUGUGCGUAACUUUUAUAAAACUAUAGUCAAGUCGUCCAAUCAGCCACGCAAGUGUCCCGUAGGCCCGGUAUUUAUAUACUAUCGCAAUAUAAGCAUAGAAGAAGUGCUGCCCAGUUUUGUACCAGCUUGUUUUCUUAUGGCCCAAACUGACUUCAAAGCGCAGAAUAAAUAUUAUUUAAAUGUAACGGUUAAAGGUCGCGUGCUUAAUUGA